CAAAAGUAAUAAAUUCAAUAAAUAAAAUGCAAAAGCAAACAGCUAUUACUUUAAUGUAUGGGAUUGUGAAUCUAUUGAUUGAUUUGGCCACAAGUGAUACCGAGUCAAGCAUGCCCGAUAAUAUGAAUGCGAUUCUAAUCAAAUGUCCUAAAAAUAGCUCAAAUAAAUCAUGCGAGACGCAGUUAAUUAUUAAUCUUCAUAUGAAUCCAAGUUUUGACAUGGAUAAAACAGAUAAGUUUUGGGUAGUCGAUAAAGUAUAUGAGCCAUCGAAAGGAACGAUUUCUAAAAUAAUGUCUCCAUAUUUAAUAGUGGUCAGCAGGGGAGAGCCAGUUGUUAUGUACCCCCUUCAGUUUUUAAAAACAAUAAAACAUGAUGAAAUCGAAAAGAAGCCCUUAGAAGAAUUUAAUAAUAUUAAGGAUUCCCCAUCUUGUAAGCCCGAUGAACGCCAACUUGAACCAAGUAUCGAAAUUGGAAAUACAUCAAGAUCGAAAAGAAAUUACCUACCAGGCUAUGCCAGGGGAAAAUCAAUAGUUUCACACUUUCUUACUAAUGAAAGGCAAGCUGGGCCAAGACAAGGCGAUAAACAAUAUAAUGAUCAACCUCCAAAGGACAUUUCAAGUCUGGGACUAGUUCAAGUUAUGGAUCCAACAAAUGAAAAAAACCGCUUGGAAACUCCUACUCAGUUUAUGCAUUUCAAUAAAGAUAUAGGGAGUUACGAUUAUGAUGGCCAGGAAAACCAAAUAAAGUCGGAUCAAAGAAAUAAUCAGGAUAAGAAAAUUGAAGAUCGGUCGAAGAGUAAUCAAAUUGAAAACGAUCUUAGGGAAAACGCCUUAGACGACAGUGAUAUACAAUUUUCAAAUAAGGAUUUAAAAAACCAUAAGCAACAACAUAUUGAAGAAAGGCCUAACGAACUACAUAAAACUAUGGAAAUUUCAGAUUUUGAAUCGAUACCUGAUUUUCUUUUAUAUAAACAAAUGGCACAGGCUGAGAAACGGAAACAUAUUCCCGAAAAAAUUGAACAUGAUUUUAAAGAACCUGAUAAAAGUGUGUUUAAUGAGAAUGAUUUUCAAUAUGACAAAGAUAACGAAGAUUUUCAUUACAAGUUAUCUUCUAAUAGUCUCUGCGAUUUAAAUGACUUAUCACAUGAAAAUGAAUAUGAGCACUUAAAAAAAAAACAUUUUCCAGUUGAAAAGGAAGAAAAUGAUAUAAACAAUCAUAUGACACUUGCGAAUGGUAAAUCAAUUGGAUAUGAUUUUCCACUUGGAAGGAAAAAUGAAAAAAAUUACUUAAAGUCAUCUAACAGUGAUCUUUUCAAUGCAAAUGAUUUUUUUCAAACAAGUAAGCACUUUAAAACUAAGCCUUUAAUGAAUGUUUAUAAUUAUGAAAGGGACAAUAAAAAAAAUAAAUUUAAAAGCCUAUCAGAGCCUUUUGAAUAUGCACAGAAAAGUAAAAAGGAUAACUUUAAUUCAAGGGCACCAGUAAAUGAUCUGUCCAGUGUCAAUGAUUUUCCACCUUCCAAAGUAAAUAUGAAAAAAGGGUUUCCGGCCUCAACCCAUAGUCUUUCCGAUUUUAAUGAAUUUUCCAAUGAAAUAUAUAAAAAUGAUUUUAAUUUUAAGGCGGUAAAGCCAAAUAAUCUUGGCCAUAGUUUAUUCACAGUAAAUGAUUUCGUAAGUGAUAAAGAAAAACUGGAUUCAAAGAAUAUGUACAGCUAUGAAUUUCCACUUGAAAGAAAAUAUGAAUAUUCAAGUUUACCUGUAAGCAAUGUUGAUGACUUUUUGUGGGCCCAAACAAACACUGCAGACGAUAACCUUGAUUCCAUUGUAAACCACCAUAUGAAACAAAAACUGUCAAAUAAUAUUGAUUUGAAUUCCAAGUAUUUUAUGCCAGAUGUAAAUGGUUACUCACAUGGAAUGGAUACAAAUUACAUAAAUUUUAAAACAGAAGAGCCAUAUGAACUUGGAAGUCUAUCUAAAGUAAACGAUUUCGCAAACCAAAAAUAUUCCGAUUUCGGUUCCAAACCUAUAAUAAAACCGUUUUCAACUUACCCAAAAACCAAUUAUUAUAGAUCUUUGCCCCAUUCAAGAUCAAGAAAGGUAAAGCGGAUUAAACGAAGUAAGAUCGAAAUGCAAGAUAUUAAAAAUCUUGAUGAAGAACCCUUUGAAAACGAUCUUAAUUCUUUAAAAAUGUUACAAGUAAAAAAGAUAGAUGACAAUGGGGAAAUUCCAUGCGAUACUUGUGGUGGAAAAAGUAAAAAGAAGGAUGAAAAGCCUCGAACAAUGUAUAGCAGUGUUUUGCAAGAGCCAAAAAGACCUGAGAGUAAAAUAGAGGAUGAUGUAUUAAAAUUUGAUGAAAUUGUUCCAUGCGAUACUUGCGGAGGUAAAAAUAAAAAGCCUGGGGGAAAAUCUUUGCCUGGUGGCCUGCAAUCUGAAAUUAAAUCGUUAAAAACUCUAAACGAACAGGAUUAUAUGAUACCAUGCGAAAAGUGUAAGGGAACCAAUAAAUGUAACGAAGGAAAUUACGAAUCUCAAUCGUGUGGUUGUUUAACUAAUCCCAGCGUAUGUAAUUGCGAAUCAUCUAAGUCAUCUAGAGCCCUAAACAAUAGCACAAAGGACGACUUAAACUAUACAGUUUUUAAUAUGAAGAAUCCUCUGCCGUUUUUAACAACUAAACUACGUGUUUUUAGAAGGCGCCACAACACUUGGUGGAGGGUUGUUCCAAUAAUAACGUAAUUAUGUGGCAUCAGGAAUGAUUAUUAACUCAAUCAACUAGUUUGUAAAUUUUAUUUUAGGCUUGAUAGUAUGUCAGGAAUUUAUGCAAAUAAGGAUUUCUCUGCUGUAUUUACCUCCCA